AUGUCAAUUAUUGAGAAUGUAAACAAGAUUUGUUAAACUCAUCAAUUUGAGAUACUUGCUGUUGAUUUAUAAGCAGCAAGAGAAUAAAAAUAAAAAUAUUCAUGUGUUAAGUGUUUAAUUGAAAGGAUUUAAGGAAAUAAUAUUGUUUUAUUAAAUGAAGCUAUUGAGAUGAUUAAAGAGAUGAAAAAUUAAUGUAAAUAUGAAGUAGAGAAAAAAAAUCAAGAAACAUUGAAUAGUAUAUAGAAUCUUCAAAGCUCUGUAUUAAAGAUCAAUGAACACUUUACUCAAGUAUUUGAUAAAUUAUAAUAUAAAAUUAAUGAAAAUAUCAAUUCAAAUGAACAACAUAUUGAAUAAAAGAAAACUAGUUUUGAUGAAAUGAACUUAGAUAAAGAUAUUGAAACAUUAUCAUUAAUUUAUAAAGGAAAUUCUAAUUGUGAAUCUAUAAAAUAAGAAUAAAAUUUAGAAGAAUUUGUAUAGAUGUUAGAUAAAAUGCAAAGUGAACUUAGUAUGAUUUCAAAUAUAAAAUAAUUUUCUCAGAUAUUUGAAUCAAUUUAAUAAAUAAAAUCUUAAUUUUAGAUUGGAUAAAAUACACCUAAGAGAAGAUUUGAUAAACAUGUAAUAAAUCUCAUUAUAAUAUUAUUAUUAGGAAACACCAACAUUAAAAUAUGUAUUUAAUCAAUAUGUUAAAAAAAUUAUGAUGAUUAAUUUAAGUUAAAAUGAAUAUGAUCAAAGUGGAUUAGCUUGUGAGAAGUGUAUUUAAUAAUUUCCAAAAAGAGAAUAUAUCACAGUAGAAGAUGCAAAUACAAAAUGGAAAAAUUAUAAGGAUAAUAAAAAUUAAUGA